UCGCUGUGGUGACCGGUGAGGCGGCGAAGAAGAGCAACUUCGCUGAGCAGGUUGUUGAGCUUUACAGUAGAUAAGGAAAAUGGGGAGCAACUGUCAGCCGCAUGUGGCCAACGCGGCGUCCAGCUAGUGACGUCACCGCCGACCGACAGCUGCCAUUUGUCGGCCACAUGUGUCCGCUGCAAUGACACCUUCCCGCGUCGCUGCUGCCGCCGCCGCCAUCGUUAUCUUCCUGCUGCUACGCUGCCCGCCGUGCAGGCCGGAGGAUGUGGCGGCUGGUGUCCCCGACGAAUGGGUCCUGCUGCACGUGGUGCGGGGCCAGGUGGGCGCGGGCAACUACAGCUACCUGCGGCUCAACCACGACGGCGCCAUCAUCCUGCAUAUGCUGAGCGUGACGGGCGACGCCGACCUAUAUGUAUCGGACUCCACGCUGAGGCCCAGCUUCGACGCCUACAAGCUGCAGUCGGUCACCUGCGGCCGCGACGCCGUGGUCGUACCUGCUGAAUUCGCCCGGCCGGUGGGGGUCGCCAUCUACGGGCACCCGUCGCACCAACGCAGCGACUUUGAGAUGAGGGUCUACCGCGAUCCCGCCGCCCCGAUGGACCCCUUCGCCACAGGCUCCACAGCUGAGGACUCCCACAAAACGGAGGCGGACGAUGUCGACGGCCCGGACUUUGACGAGGACUCCAUGUUCUGGACCAAUCUCAUCAGACUUUUGGAAAUCAUUCUGGAAAUCCUCUUUUAAAACCGGCUGCUUGUCUCGCCCAAGCGGGCCACUGACGGGCAGCGAUGGCCACGCCACGCGGAAUGAAUGAUACAAAAUACACCUGUGAAAAACAAAAAUACACAACAUGAUACACACACACACACAAGACACAAUUGGAAAACAAGCAGAUUCAGAUGUGGAGGAAAAAAAGUCUGCUAUGAUGCGCAAGUGGAAAGGGAACGCCACCUAUGAAAGCGUGAAGUCAGUCACAAUCAGGUUUUAGCACAGCCACCUUUGAGCACGAUUGGGUUAGCACUUAGCACGUUAGCGCCCUGGUGCCUUCGCGUCCCCCCGAGCUCACUUGGGCCCUUUUCGGAAGGACCUUUUGUUCAGUAAAGAAAGAAAAUGCUUAGUAUGAUGA